AUGUGUGUGUGCCUGUGUGUGAUGCUCCUUCCUUCUUUUUUCCUAUUCAGAGCCCCGCAACGGCAGCACGCAAGAAGAUGUGUGUGUGUGUGUGUGCGUGUAAACGCGCGUGGAGAGCCAGGCAGAGAGAAACAUCCCCCACAGGCAAGAAAGCAGACAAUGCACCGCAGAGAACAGAAAUUUUUUUUCACUUCUCAUUAUUUUACCCACACCGUCGACGCUAGCGCCACACAUACGCACGCACACAGAGACACAGAUGCAUACAUGAGAGAGAGAGUGAUGCACAGAGCGAAGUGCACGUGCAUGCAGUGCAUAUAUGUGCACACACAAAGGUGA